CCGGUUUGGGCAGUUUUGCCACAUCAGCCAGCCAAAUUCCCGAGGGUAAAAUCGUCAGAAAAAAGAGUAUAGAUACGUGGUGAAGCCACUGUUCCAAAGCCCAUCUCAUCUUGCAAACAAAGCCUAGGCGGAAUUCUGUUGCCAAAUUUUGGGAAGGAAGGAACGCCAUGGUGAUGGAAGCAAGGACUGAAAUCUCCUGCAAUCCGCAAUUCAUGCUUCGGGAAUCACCCUGCUGUAUUUUUCACUUCGUGUGUUUCUGAUUGAACUCCCCGAAUCAACUCCGCACUCCAUUGAUUCAAUCACGGUUUGGUUGCUAUCAAUUUAUUUGCAUGUAUGUUAGAGGGACAUGGACACAACAAAUAUGCGUAACCUUACUGGUUCAGAUGCGGAUGCCCUUUUGCCACCUCGUAAGCGGCUUCUUGCUGGAUUGAAGAGGUCCCAGAUGGGUAUUCGGAGUCUUUCUGACGAGGGAAUUGUUGAAGCCUCAAGAACUGCUGCCGUGGAAGCUGCAAGGACGGCAAAGGCUGCACGAGCAAAUGCCGAAGAGAAGGCCAAAAAGGCGGCAAAGGCAGUGGCGGCUGCCAAGGCUGCUUUAGAACUCGUUGCGUCACUUUCAAUGGAGGCUUCCAACAAAGAGGAAAACCUGAAAAAGAACAAGAUGAAGAAGCAUGUCCCGGUUGAAGCGUUAUAUAAUAACAAGAACAAUACUAAGGGUAGCGCUGCUGAUGAACAGCUUGCCCGCAAGCUGCACCAGGCCAUCAACAGUUCCCCAAGAAUUUCAAACAACUUGCCGAGUUUGAAUUUGAAGAGCCACAAACAUAAGAAAAUGAAACACUCAGCAAUUUCCGAAGGAACCAGCAUAUGGAAUGGAGAUCCUCUUUUCCAUGGGAAUCUAUGUUCCACAACCUCAAUGAAUGGUAGUGAUACGAUCGGAGAGAUAUAUGCUGAAGGCCGUGGUCCUGUAAAGAAGAUAGAUACGACUGUUGGAGAUGUGAACAGAUCAAAUUAUAUUAAAGGAGACAAGCUAAAGUUGCACAAUGGAGCAGAACAGGAACCAAGUAGACCAAAUUUCCUGAAACCGGAGAAAAACAAAUUCGAUACAAUUCUGUCAAACAAUAAGUUUGCUGAAAGUUUGGGCACUUUGGGUAAAAGGAGGGGGAAAAUCAAGCAAAAGAAGUUACCUUUGAGCUUUUGCAGCUUUAGAGAUCGAUCCAGCCCCAAAGAGAAGGUGAAACCUCAAGGCGCACCACAGUUGGAAGAUGAUGCAGUCUCAACUUGCGGAGUGCCAGCGGGCCUCAUAUUCCACGGCGCAUUCAGGUAACAGUUUUGAUCCCAAUUGAGAGGACAUCGGUGUGGGAAGUGUCGACCCUUGAAAGUUACCUUCUUGCGUCAAUAAAGUCAUGCAGUUGUAUAGGCUAUCUCGGUAGGAGUUUAGAUAAAUAACUUAACUUUGCAGUCUUUCCUCUGUUUCUUACCCUUGCCAAUGGAUUUUGAACGUAAAUGUAUAUUGAACGCUUGAUUGCGCGUAUACGCACACGAUUUGUUUCUUCUUGUGAAUGUUGUUUGCUUGAAGGUGUUGUGAGUAAAAUGUAGAAAUGAGUUACAUGAGUACUUUGAUAGUUUCUUUCUUGUGAAGCAAUAAGUAUUCAAAUUUUGUAAA